CUACUGAGUGCUUCCGGUUGGGAUCUGUGUGGGCGGAAGCGGAAGCAAAAGCAAAACCAAACCAGCAGAGGCAGAACCGAGUAAACACACCGAGGGAGGGAAACGAUGGCGAUAACCGAGGGAGGGCUGAAAAAAAUGGUGUCAAAGUAUAAAUACAGGGAUCUGACAGUUCGAGAAAUCCUAAACGUAACUUCCACCUACAAAGACCUCAAGCCCGUGAACGAUGCAUAUGUAUUUAACAAUGGUUCUUCUCAGGAGCUGAUGAGUCUCACUGGAACAAUCCCAGUUAGCUACAGAGGAAAUAUGUAUAAUAUCCCCGUAUGCCUCUGGUUACUGGACUCUUACCCUUACAACCCACCAAUCUGCUUUGUAAAACCCACCAGCACUAUGAUGAUUAGAACGGGAAAACACGUUGAUGCCAAUGGGAAAAUCUACCUCCCUUAUCUGCAUGAGUGGAAACAUCCACAUUCUGAUCUAUAUGGGCUGAUUCAGGUGAUGAUUGUCAUGUUUGGGGAGGAACCUCCAGUCUUUUCGAGGCCAGCUGCGCCUCCAACUUAUCCUCCGUAUCAAGCCGCAGGGCCACCAACUACUUCCUAUAUGCCUGGAAUGACAGCUGGAGUAGCACCAUAUCCAUCAGGCCAUGCCAAUACUGGUGGGUUUCCAGGAUUUUCCUAUCCCCCUUCAGGUUCAUAUCCUCCAACCACAGGCACUGCACAGCAGCAUCCAUACUCCAGCCAGCCUCCUGCUGCAGGUGUUGGUCCUGGCAGAGAUAACACCAUUAGUGAGGAUACAAUCCGUGCUUCAUUGAUCUCUGCAGUUAGUGAUAAACUGCGUUGGCGGAUGAAAGAAGAAAUGGACCGUGCCCAGGCUGAACUUGAUGCCCUCAAACGAACAGAGGAAGACCUGAAGAAAGGCCACCAGAAGCUCGAAAUGAUGGUCAGUCAGUUGGAUCAGGAAAUGUCUGAUGUAGACAAGAACAUUGAAGCACUAAAGAAGAAGGAUGAAGAGCUGAGUGUUGCACUUGAGAAAAUGGAGAGCCAGUCUGAAAAUAAUGACAUUGAUGAGGUUGUUGUGCCAACAGCCCCACUCUACAAACAAAUCCUUAAUCUUUAUGCAGAGGAGAAUGCCAUUGAGGACACCAUUUUCUAUCUGGGUGAAGCCCUGAGACGGGAUGUCAUUGAUUUGGAAGUCUUCUUAAAGCACGUGCGUCUCUUAUCUCGCAAACAGUUCCAGCUUCGAGCAUUGAUGCAGAAAGCAAGAAAGACAGCUGGCCUUAGUGACUUGUAUUGAAUUGAUUUUUAGAGCCAGGUCUGACUCCUUUUUUUGUCUGCAAUUAACCAAUUUCAAAGAAAGGAUAAGUUAUUGGAUAUGCUAGCUGUAAAUUAUGUUGACUUUGAUUGUUUUCUUUGAAACAUCUUUUUGUGAAGGCACUUUGUAUUUACCUGUAACCUUCAGGAUAGGUAGGAAUUGGAAUAAAGAUUCUUUAAAUUCCAAGCUUAA